UUGCAGGGAACUUUCAUGCAGCCCGAGACUCAGGAUAGGCGCUAGAUGAAAGGUACAAUUGGUAGCUGCGUACCCCGGCCUUGACCUCAUUAAUCGUGCAUUUUUGUCGUUCGCGAACUUUUAAACCUCUUCGCGCUUUUCUUUUCUUUUCUUAUACCUGUUUUGUUACUUCUUUAUCCCACUUGCAUCGCGAAAGGUUUGUUCCACAAAGGUACAUAUAUUUUCUUCUUUUUUCUGGCAUUCAACGUUGCACUAUUUUGCUCCUUCAUACAAUGAUGUCAAGGCUGUGUUGAACGAUUGCGCAUUGUUCAUUCGCUCCUCUCAACAGCCAUCCAGCCUUUUACUGACACUGAUUCACGUAGAAGUAUCACGCGCGAAAGACACUACUAGCUUUCCUUCAAACCAGUCAACAUGUCGGAUUCUGGCAAGCAAGACGAGAAGCCUACGGGCGAGCACGAGAUCGAUCAUGACCGCGAGCACGAUAAUGAACAUGAGCAAGGAACUGAGAUGUCAGGGGCUGAGGAGGUGUGUUAGGCGCGCAAAGAGGUGGAUUUGAGAAGGAAACUGACGCCACGCCCUUAGGAAGAAAUCACUGCCAUGAAGCGCCGCGUGGCAGAGAUGGAAGAGGAGGCCAAGAAGCUUCGCGAAAUGCAAGCAACUCUGGAGCAGCAAUCUGCGGACCUUGCGGAUGACAAGGAAUCCAUCGAUGCGCGCAGUAUCUUUGUUGGCAACGUCGAUUAUUCAGCCUCGCCUGAAGAUAUCCAGAGUCACUUCCAGAGCUGCGGCUCCAUCAACCGAGUGACCAUUCUUCUUGAUAAGUUCACAGGUCAACCGAAGGGCUACGCCUAUGUCGAGUUCACCGAGCCGAGCUUGGUCGCCCAGGCUCUUGUCCUCAACGAGAGUGUCUUCAAGGGCCGCAACAUCAAAGUGACCCCCAAGCGUACCAAUGUCCCUGGCAUGAGCCGUGGACGUGGUCGCGGUGGGUUCCGCGGUGGCCGAGGCUUUCAUGGCCGAGGCAACUUCCCUCGCGGUGGUGGUUAUCGCGGUGGCUACCGUGGUCGCGGACGAGGUUUCGCCCCCUACUAGGAGCAGGGAGGCACUUUGCCCAUGGGACAUGGUCGACGAUCUGAGCAACCUAGGCCUUUCGAGAUCGAAGUUGAGGAAUCUCACGGGCUUGAAAGCAACCCCUACUUGCAUGGAUAUGUUGGCCUGUGAUGGAACAGUUUCUGUCCAUUUCUUUCCUCGAUUUUAGGGUUGUGGUAAUAAGGAGAAGGGUGCUUUACUAGCAGAGAAGGAGCAGUGUAAUACUAUCAAUUAUCCGGGAACAGGAAAACACACAGAUAGCCAAGAACACCAAGGGAAGGGAUAGGAGUUCCGGUCUUGACUUAUCUUUCGUCUUAGCAAAAUCACAGUAAUCCGCCAAUAACUAUUCCUAUCAUCAACUCGGUGCGAACUUUACCUGAAAUCUGCCUGAGCAAUCAUAUCAGCUAUUUUAAGUAUAACUAGGUUAGGG